AUGUCAAAUGAUUCGUUGCUGCAGUAUGAAGAGUCAGUUUACGGCAGGGAUUCUCCUCCUCUUCACGCCAGCAGUGGAUCUCAACUAUACGCAACCAGCAAUGUGCCAUUCCUAGAUCUGAAGGAGACCAAGAUCUUGGAGUUAUCUAAACGAAAUAGACGGUUAACGGUCGCAUUAGCCAAGGAGCGAUCAACAUCAGAAGCACUUUCAAACAAGAUCAAGGCAAGUCUAAACGAGGAGAAGAUCAACUGUGGAACUAUUAAAUCUAAAGAGAGUAUCAGCAGCAACACAUCCGCAAACACAAUUUCGUUAUUGGAAGAAGUUAAAGCUUUGAGAUCGAAAUUAGCUACAUCAAAUCGUCGAUUAGAAGAAGAGAGAUUAGGGAAUCAAGCUUUACGGGUUGAAUUACGAAACAUUCAAAAGGUGUUGAAGGAUGAGAUUGGUGAUGAUACGCCGCUUACCAAGGCUCUGGAUGUGAAUAGUGGGUGGAAGGGACGUGCUCAACAGAUCACUAUGCUGAAAGAUCGCGUACGAGAUCUGACUGCUCAACUGUCAAAUCCUGCUGGUCCUUCAGCAAUGUUGGAUCAAAAGCAUCGAGAUGGAAUUAAAAAGAUGGAAACCGAGAGAAAGAUUAGUAUUGAGGCUGCUUUGACGGAAGCUGAGCAAUCCAAGGCUGAGAAGGACGAGUACCGAGUGAGAUGUGAUUCUCUUCAAUCCAGAAACAAUCUGCUGAGCAAAGAAAUCAAAGACCUCAAGUCCAAGAUCGAAAUGGUGCUAGACAAAUCAUCGAAAGACGACAAACUGAUAUGUAGCAUUACGAACGAACUCAUGAAGCACAAAACGCUCAAUAGAGACAACACCUCCGCCCAUCCACUUUCCAAAGUCUGUAACGGCCAAGAGAUUGAAAUUGCAGACCUCAAGAACAAGUUGAAUGCUCAAUCCAAGGAGCUGACAGAGUUGAGACGUUCCAAAUCCAGCCCCCAGAUGAAUGAGAAGGGUGCUGAAGUGACCUUAGUGGCUAUGGAAGGCAAGAUUCGGGCGCUCAAAGUAGAGCUUGACGGAAUGGGAAGGAUGAGAGAGACUUUAGAGCAUAGGUUGGAGGAAGCUCAGAAGGAGGCUAUUCAUACGAAAAUGGAACUCAAGCAAGCCAAGCGUAAGAAUGCUUCUCUAGAACAACAGCAAACAACACAACCACUACAUCGGAAACCACAACGACCAACACGGUCACCGCCAGGUGCCGAACAAGUGCAAGAACUGAGGGAGAAGCUACAGUUUGUUGAGGAUCAUAAUGAAGCGUUGUCAAUGAUGUUAAGGGAUACUCAAAGGAACAAGGAAGAAGAACUGCGACUGUAUGAUGACUUGGUGGUGGAGCUCAAGGCCGAAAUUCGAGAUACGGUUGACAAGCUGUGUCGCACUGCUGAUCCGAAUCAUAAGAGGGAGAACAAGCCACGGAAAUAG